AUGAAUUCAACUCCCAAAACAUACAAAAUUUUAAUACAAUAUCUGCGGCUCCGACUCACAGCCGGACGACCCACAGCACAUGGUAUACCGGUGCUGCCUCGAAGAGAAGAUGUGCCCGACGAGCGGCGCUUUAUUCUUAUUGAUCUCACAAACUAUGCCGGAGAUACCAUCACGGUGGCAAUCGAUGUGGUGACCGCUUACGUGGUGGGUUAUGCUGCAGGCGGUCGAUCCUACUUUCUUCGAGAAAAUGCUCGUGAGAAUCCGCCUCCAAUCCACGUUUUAUUCCGCAAUACCAUUCGGAUGCCUACUCUGGGUUUCGACGGCACCUACCACGGGCUUUCGGCAGUUGCACAUGAUGCAGUAGUACAGAAUGAACCACGUCAUGGUCGUGGCCAUAAUAACCCACCAGCAAAUAUACAUGACAAUACACUUAUGAUUGAUCGAAUCCCUCUGGGACGCGAUCAACUAUCUAACGCCAUCAGCCUGUUGUGCUUCCCGGCACGCGAUUCCUACCAAGCCGUAGGGUUUAUCGUGAUCAUUCAGAUGCUGUCGGAAGCGGCGAGGUUCCGAUCCAUUGAGUUUCUACUCGCCCCUACCAUGCAGGAAGGCGAGGCUCCCAUUACACCACCCCCUGCAAUGCGGAGCCUGGAAUCCAAUUGGUCCCGUCUCUCCGAAGAGAUCCAGAGGGCUCAACACCGCAAUGUAAGACGCUUCAAUAGAACUGUUGUGCUCUGCAAUAUGAGCAAUGAACAUCGCGAAGUAAACAGUGUUGAUGCACCCCUUGUUCAGGGUAUCGCCAUACUGCUCUACGACCGAGACGGAAACCGAAACCAAAACCAAAACCAAAACCAAACUUGCAUCCCAGGACCUUCAGUGAGAAUGAAUGAACGUCGUCGUUUUGAUGAUGAAAUUUAA